UUCAAAACUCGGUUAUCUUUUAACCACUGGUUAAAUACUCUUAACCGGCCGUUAAAGUUAACCAAGUGGUUAAAGCGUUUCUCAAAACCCGGUUAUCUUUAACCCGCCGUUAUCUUGGUGUUAAAGUUAACACACCUACGGACCGCCGCUAAAUAGUUAACCGGGUUGUUUAACAUCGGCAAGAUGGCGUUGAUCAUUCAACCGAAUGCUGCGUUCAUGGUGCCGUUAAAGAACCAAGGACAAGAGAAAGUUUACAGAGCUUACGAUUUAAACAUUCUAGGCUAUUCGGACAGUGAACUGCGUCGGCGUUACAGGUUUGGAAGGAGGUCUAUCGAGUAUUUGGUGGAUACUUUAAGAGACGAUCUUAAAAGACCAACAAAUCGCGGACACGCACUUACAGUAGAGCAACAAGUUUUAAUUGCCUUGCGAUUUUAUGCGAGUGGGAGUUUUCUCCAAGUGGUUGGGGAUACCUUGGGUGUGGACAAGAGUUGUGUUUCACGAGUGGUUAGAGAUGUCACUGAUGCCCUCGUUGCACGCAAGGACGCUUACAUUACUUGGCCAACCGACGCCGAGCACCUGCGUACUAUACAGAGUGGAUUCUACCAACUCGGUGGGUUUCCUAACGUAAUAGGCUGCAUAGAUGGUACACACGUAAGAAUCCAAGCUCCAACAAGAGAUGAACCGGCUUAUGUGAACAGAAAAGGUUACCACAGUAUCAACGUUCAAGCUGUAUGUGAUCACGAAGGAAGGUUAACAAACGUGUGUGCCAAGUGGCCAGGUGCAGCUCACAACAGCCACCUAUUCCGGACAUCUGCACUCUGUCAUCAUCUUGAGCAACACCACACAAGGAUUGCUGACGGUUUCAUUUUAGGAGACAACGGAUACCCGUGUAGGCCUUUCCUCCUCACGCCCUACUUUAACCCCCAUGGACAACCAGAACAGAGAUACAACGACAGCCUAUGUGCGACACGUGUGACAAUUGAGAGGACAUUCGGCAGGUGGAAACGACGUUUCCAUGUCCUACACUCUGAGGUGAGGAUGGAACCAAGCCGAGUGUGUUGCAUUGUUGUUGCUUGUGCUGUCCUGCACAACAUUGCUAUUGACAUGUGUGAGCCUGAUGAUGACAGAGCCAACAUAGAUGAGCAGCCACCAGUUGAGGCAUAUGGAGGAAGACAUGAUGGCAAGGGGAUCAGAGAUCAUAUUGCUAGGACAUUUUUUGCACAAUAA